AUGUUCUUCGAUAUUCUCUUUGUAAAUACAAGCACAGGGAUACUUCAGUAUCACCACCGAGUCAACACGUUCUUUACUGAUUCCCCAAUGAAGCCCCAUAGUCUGUGCAUGAUUCUCAGGUCUAUAACCCAAGCAUCCAUGGAAGUCUUUAAGCAAGCUCUUCUGUACAUGGAGCUCAGCUCUGCCGCCAUAUCGAUUUAUGAUGCCCAGCCAAUUACCUGCAUUGUUAUUCAUGAAAUCUUCGACAGAGAUUGCUACGGCUCCAUACUCUCUGAGGCGUUUGUCAGUCUCUAUAAGAACGUAAUACAGAAUUCGUUUACGCGGACGCAGCAUAUGAACCCCCCGAUAGCCCAAUCGCAUGUCACUUCAAAAUUAUUAGAAUAUAUGCAGUUAGCCCUCUCGAUUGUCCUGGACAGAAUUUGCUGCAUGAAGUAUACUGCGUCGUGCUAUGUUAUGAUUCUUGACCACCCUUAUUCUCCCGUCUUUCCGCCUGGAAUGAUCAUGGGGAGGACUAAGCACCUUCCUCCCAGGCCAAACUUCGCUGAACUGAACUCGAAAGCAAUAGAAACCAAUAUCAGCAACCUCAUUGAUCAAAUUAACGAAGCGCUAGAGGUCAUCUUUGCCUCGUCGGACGGUGGAUCCGUAGCAGAUAACCCUAACAAUAAGCUCAGCUCCCGUCUUUCUACCUUCGAAUUAUGCUACGACAUGUCCUUCCGGAUUCGCGUCACUAACGUUUUCCCCGGUGCAUACGUUGUGCUCAUGCAGAAUAAGCGAACGCGGCAAUACAGUUCUCUGCACCAGGACAAUGCAACAAUGUCUAUCAUGACUCAGGAAUCUGCGCUAGAGCUAUCUGCGCAGGCAUCAACCCUCACUGCAACCCCCUUUCACGGGAAGUCCGGCACCGCUAAGUUCGAGAAAAACAAGUUCAUGGUGAGCCAGUUGACGCAUGCUAUCGCCCGCAUCUUUGACAGCGCACAUCAGAUACGGCAACGGAAUAGCACCUAG